GCGCUUUUGUCUCUCAAUUGGACUCUGGGACGGCGCUCAUGCUGUACUUGUUGUGUGCAGUAAGGCUCAAUUUAUGUCGCGCAUCUUCUGCCUUUGCGAAGGUAGGAAUUGUUGCGCAUCACCGACCUUGUGAUGGAUUCCUUGCGUGAGCUGCCAACUUCCGUGAAUCCGACCUCGGGACCAAUACGGCUUCCGGAACCUGUGUGUGCAUGUGUAUGACUUCCAUCGUUGCAUGGGACGAUGUACCGCGGGAGUGCUGGACAGUUGGGACGCGUACGAGAUGUGAAGCGCGCGUUCCUUUUUCCCGCUUAUAACUCGACGGAACGAUUGCUGCUUUCGAUCGUAUUUAUCCCGAUUCCCACUACAGGAUACUUCAAGUCAGUCAGCGAUGUCGACACCACCGGGCGCAGUCAACUCGUCGCAGUUCGUGCUAUUGUGCGUCCCUCUCUCCUCGCGCGUCUUGGCUUGAGCUGUUUAACUUACAUCCGGAUCUAAAAGCACGGCCCCCAUGGUGUGCACAUCCUCUUACGCACUGUGGCGCGCUACUCACCGCUGUGACACAGUUGGCUGGUACCCAGGGGAAUUGGGCGCUCUUGGGUAUUUUGACGCUCCAAGUGUAUCGAUUCACGGUCUCCUUCCCGAAUGAACGACUGUGGAUCAAGAUGCUAGUGUACUCGCUCUACGUGCUGGAGGUCAUCCAGACGGCGAUAACGAGCCACUUUGUGUACGAGCUGCUUGUCUUCGGGUGGGGCAAUCCGCAGGUGUUCGUGAAGCUGCCCUGGUCGAGCCUGGCCACGCCCAUUUUCACCGGGAUCACAUCAUGCGCUGUGCAGCUGUUCUUUGCCCGUCGCAUCCUGCUUCUCAAAGGAGAUGCUCUUUGGGGAAAGUGUAUCGCGGCUCUGAUCGCCUUGCUCGCCCUGAUGCAGUCCCUCGCCGCCAUCAUCAGCGAUGCCCGAUUCGCGGUCACGACUGAGCUCACUGAGAUCUCGCGCCUGAUGGACGGGGUCAAAGUCUGGCUCAUCGGAAGCGCUGUUUGCGAUGUAACAAUCACGCUUACGCUCAUUGCUAUCCUCGGGCAGUAUCGUCAGCGGACGCCGUGGCAGAGUACCGACGGGCUGAUCACCAAGCUUAUCUUCAACACGGUCGAGACCGGCUUGGUCACCACCGUAGUCGCCCUUUGCGAUGUGACCCUGUUCAUCUUGUUCUCGGGCAACAAUCUGCACCAGACUCCGGCCCUGAUGCUCGGGAAGCUCUACACCAUCAUGCUCGUGGUUACGUUGAAUGCCAGAACGAGAAACAGGAGCCUGAGUGCGAGCACUGCCCUCGCGCAGCAGCCGCGCAGCAUAGAUCACACGCAGUCUCAUGAAAUGGCCUGGCGAAGGACAUUCACGCUGGAUCCCUCCGCUGCGCAGAAAGUCCACAUCAACACGAUUGUCGAGACGGUCACCGAUUUGGAAUCGGGACAACACAAAAACAGCCCGUCGAUCUAGUACGUGUCGGGCACGGGAAUCAGAUACCCUACAUUCGUUUUUCCAAGUAUAUAGUCUGUAAUCGUGAGCCGUACAUUGUAGGACCAUGCCAUGUCCCCGAAAGCACAAGAUGCAUAUACGAUAAGAAAUGGUCCAGGUACCAGAGUAACCCGACACUGGCCGACGCGAAUAUUAAUUUAUUAUUAAUGGUCCCAAUGGACUCACGUAAAUGCAGCAACAGAACCGUCCACAAGCGAGAGCGGGAGCACUGACAUCAUUUCCUCCGAGCCUCCCCAAUUUUCCGUAAAUUCCGCGACGGCAUGCACUACAUACCCACGUGCGGCGCAAUAGAGAGUCACUGACAGGGAGCAGCGAACGUACCUACUGCCCCUGGAUUUAUGGACUCGGACCGGUCCUGUACUCCUCCAGGCUAAGUAUCAUGCAAGCAUCUGCCCAUGCAAAGUUCAACUUGCUUAUCUCAUCCUACGCGAUUGAUGAGAUCAUGUGGUACCAGCUCUUCUGCCGCUUCGCCGCGUCACGAAUCGUGUUGCGCCCACUGGGCCACACUUGUCUGGUCGCAUUCUGCCUGAAUCGUCUGAUGGUCUGUUCUGGAAUAGAUCGUGUCGUCCCACCAAGAAGCGCCAACGAAGGUGGAAGAAUCAGCCGGACCGCGGCGGCUCUCGUUUGCUUGCAUAUUUAAACUCGGUCGCCAGCAGCGUUAUGAAUCUGCGCAGAGUCCCUCCCCCACUCCACCCCCGCUCCUGGCCAUGGCGUUCCGCUCCCUCGUCAUCUCCACCGUCGCCUUCGCCCUUGCCCUCGCCCCUGCGUCCCGGGCCGGCACCCUCUACACGCACCCCUCGCAGAUCCCGCCCACCAAGCACUACGACUUCAUCGUCGUGGGGGGCGGCACCGCGGGCGGCGUCGUCGCGACGCGUCUGUCGCAGUACGGCACAGGCAGCGUGCUCGUGAUCGAGGCCGGCGUACCAGACAACGGGACGCAGUCCGCGUCGAUUUAUUGCCCCCUGUUGGCCGGCUCUGCCGUCGGGACGAUAUACGACUGGAAUUACACCACAGUCGCCCAACCGGGGCUGAACGGCCGGGAGAUUGGAUACCCCCGCGGAUAUACCCUAGGCGGCAGCGCAGCGCUGAACGGCCUGAUCUACUUCCGAGGUCCCAAGGACGAGUACAGCCGAUUGGCGAAUGUCUCUGGCGACCCGAACUGGACCUGGGACAAUCUGGAGCCGUACAUCUUCAUGAACGAGGCCCACUCGCCGCCCUGGAACAAUCGCUCCAAUGUGGGCGAAUACGAUCCUUCGGCGCAUGGCUGGGGUCCUCUGCUCACCGGAUUGACCGCGACCGUUCUUCCGACGGACACGAACAUCAUGAAGGUUGUCGACGCGCACCCUGAGAACUAUUCAUUCAACUUGGAUUUGAACUCGGGCGACGGGCUCGGAUUCGGUUGGCUGUCCACCACUGUCGGGCAAGGCAGCCGAAGCAACUCGGCCAACGCCUACUUGCAUCCGGCUCUCAACUCGCGGCACAACUUGGAUGUGCUUCUGCACAGUCAUGUCACCAAAGUCGUGCCCACCCCUGGCAAGGCGAAUAACACAUUCACGACUGUGGAGGUCUCGAAGGGUCCUGGAUUCAAGAGCUACAGCUUCACGGCCUGCAAGGAAGUCAUUCUGUCCGCGGGGUCCGUAGGCACGCCGCAGCUGCUCAUGCUGUCCGGGAUCGGCCCCUCGGAGCAGCUCAACAAGUUCGGGAUCGAGACGAUCGUAGAUCAUCCGGACGUUGGACAGAAUCUGCAGGACCAGACUAUUCUUGCCCUCCAAUGGGAGGUCGAUGUCAACACGCUAUCUUCCUUCCUGGCUGAUGCGGUUGCCACCGAAGAUGCGGUCGUCCAGUGGGCCACCAACAAGACUGGCACCGCCGCGGGCAACACUGUGGUGAACACCAUCGGAUUCGUCCGUCUGCCUGAAGACUCUCCGCUCUUGGCUGAUGGCGACCCCGCCGCUGGGCCCCAAUCUGCGCACUUCCAGAUGGCGUUCCUGAGCACUUUCUACCCGAACGACGGACAAACGGUUCCGGCUGGGAACUUCCUUUCGAUCUGCGUUGUCGUCCAGUCCCCCACGUCUCGUGGGUCUGUCAACCUGACGUCGGCAUCGCCAUGGGACCACCCAGCGAUUGAUCCCAACUACUUUGCGACCGACUUCGACAUCGGGACGGUCGUCGCGUCGAUGAAGGCAGCGAUCGAGUUCAUGUCGCAGCCCGAAUGGGACGGUGUGGUCGUCUCGACGUACCCGGAAGUCGCUGCUCUCAAGACCGACGCGGACUUUGAGGCCUACGCCCGCAAGUACGCCACGACCCUCAAGCACCCGACGAGCACAGCAAAGAUCUCCAAGGAAUCCGAUGUGGACGGUGUUGUCAGCCCGAGGCUGCAUGUCAAAGGCGUGAAAGGACUGCGGGUCAUCGACGCUAGCGUCCUGCCUUCUGCCGUGGCUGGAUACCCUCAGGGCGAAGUGUACAUUAUCGCUGAGCGAGGCGCAGAGCUCAUCAAGGAAGCGUGGAAACUCCCGGGAGUGGCCAGCAACCCGUGAACGUGAAUGUGAACGACAAUGUGCAUGUGAAUGCGAGAGCGCUGCCGAUAUUCGAAUUCAGAAGUAUAUAUUGUAUGUAUUUGUCAUUAUGAGCCUCAUAUACCCAGCCCGAGGCAAUGGAAUUGUAGGGAAUUGUGCGCAUCGCACCGCGUGUACAUACCAGUUGGGCUUCCUUUUUCUUUUUGCGGUGUCGCGGGUAUUUGAUACGCGUUCCGCUGCUCCGCGCCGGACUCGCUAUGUACUUACAUGAAAUCGCGCCUGUCGGGUCUGGGCCUGGCCCUGAACCCUUCGCCAAUCCAGGGCGGUGGGAAAAUGUAAGAUCCGCCAUGUGGCCGGGGAUCGUGCAGUCAAUGGAAGCUAAUUUUCCACGAGUCUGUCAAUGGUGGAGUAUGUAGUGUACUGUAUGUGUGGAGGUGUUGCAUGUUGUAGUACAUGGUCUGGUCUGAUGCGCCUGCCGACUUUUGUCCAAGCAGGCGCUGUUUGGGCCGGGGCUCCCGAGGUAGAAGCGGUGACUAUGACCAAUGGGUUAGGUAAGUCGAUUUGAUUAUUGACUUCAAACUUGCUUGCGUUAUGUAAACGAGUUUGAAAAUACUCUUAUCGUCAACCUAUCGUUCAUAGGCCAAGAGUCCUUGUGUACAUCACCCAAUGUCGCCAUUCGGAACAUUAGGUGCGACAUGACGUAGUCACGAUCGAAGAGAGUCUCCCUGAACAGAAUGGACCGUGCACAGACGGUGGGCGCUGGCGUGGACCUUGAGCCCACGACACCCGCUCGGCUUCUAUCUCAAGCCUCAGAGCUUCACGGGCAGCCAAUGUGCAUCUCCACAGCGACCGUUAUAAGUAGCAGUGCUCUUACCAUAUCUCAUCUCAUCUAAGGAUGUCUGAGACCGAUCAAAAUUGUAAGCAUCCUGCUUCUUAACCUCGUAUAUCGUUUCGCUGUCAUGACCUGCAUUCCCUGGCACCAGACCCCGCUUCUUUCUAUCUUCCGAGCACACCAUGGCCACUGCGACAACAACUGAGUCGGCCACCGUCGAGCUGGGCGACCUCGCGCCCCGAAACAGUCGCGUGCAGGGUGAAGCUCCCGUCGAAGAGCAAGCCGGUGGUAGUACGCUUCCUCGCGCCGACGGCGGAGUCCAAGCGUGGACGUUCAUCUUCUCCGCGUUCAUCCUCGAAUGCCUUAUCUGGGGCUUCCCCUUCUCAUACGGCGUGUUCCAGGAGUUCUACCUCAACUCGCCGCAGUCUCCGUUCCGCGACGCGUCGGAGGCGUCCAUCAACGCCAUCGGCACGAUUACCAUCGGGAUCCAGUACAUCGAGGGGCUCGGCACCAUGACGAUCACGCAGCGGUUUCCGCGGCAGUUCAAGUUGUUCAUGACCGUUGCUCUGAUAGCAUGUUUCGGCUCGCUUUUGCUCUCGAGUUUCGCGACACAGGUCUGGCAGCUCGUCUUGUUGCAGGGUGUCGUGUAUGGAUUUGCAGGAGGAUUGCUCUACGGACCGAUCGUGUUCUGGCUCAACGAGUGGUUCGUCGAGCGACGCGCCUUUGCCGGAUCGCUCAUCUUCGGGGGCUCCGGGCUUGGCGGGGCCCUGUUCCCGAUUAUUACCAAUCUCCUGCUGCAGCGGUUCGGGUUCCGUUGGACGCUCAGGGUGCUUGCUUUGAUUGUCGGCGUUCUGGGCGGCAUCGCGUUGUUUGGCGCAAAGCCGAGGCUGCCCGUCGUCCGGAACAGCGCGCCGGCGCCGUUGAACCUUAAGUUUACCCGGUCGCCGGUGUUCAUCAUCGUCUCCGUGGCGAUCUUCGUGCAGGGUCUGGCGUAUUUCCCUGUGUCGCUGUAUAUUCCGUCAUACGCUGCGUCACUGGGCUUUUCAUCGGUGAAUGGGACCCUCGCGCUGACGGUCUUCAAUCUGGCCACCGUCGUUGGUCAGCUUAUCUUUGGGUAUUACUGUGAUCGCGGCUCGUAUGCUGCUGCGAUGCUGGGAUCUAGCGUCGUCUCGACCGUGCUGGCCUUCGUCCUAUGGGGAUAUGCGCAUAACCUCGGCCUGCUCUUCCUGUUCGCCAUCCUCUUCGGCGGUGUGAGCGGCGGGUUCAGCUCAAUCUGGCCGCCCGCAGCGAAAGAUGUGUUCGCGGACCAGGCGUCGUCCCCGUUCUUCUUCUUCGCUGCGGCCAAGGGCCUCGCGGCGAUCUCGGGGCCGUUCAUCUCUGCUGCUCUGCAUCCGAAGAACGGGUCGGUGCUCCCGGCUUCGUGGGCCGGGUAUGGGUUUACCACGAUGGAGAUAUUCGUGGGCAGCAUGAUGUUCGGCACCGCCGUGCUGUCCGUGGCCCUGAUCCUUGCGAGACCAAGCAACAAAAAAGAAUAGAAUACCUAGAGAUCCUAAACGCUAUCUGUCAAUUAUCACCGGGCUUAUAUCGAGUCUUUC